CUCUGCUGUGGAAACGACGGAAGCGCAGUUCUGGAUUUUGGUUUGACUGGUAGAAAGAAGGAUGGAGUUUCUGACAGGGAACCCGUUUACUACACCGGUGGGCCAGCGAAUAGAGAAAUGAAGACCGAACAUUUAAAUGGUUUAAUAAGCGUCUGCCAAGGAACCUAAUGCUGGUCACAGUGACUAUGUCUUCCAGGUAAUUUUAUGCAAAAUAAAGUGCAAUGUCUCAAUUGUUUUUGUUCUCAGAAUAUGCAACCAGCUCCAGUCUCCAGUCGGAGGACUGGGCCCUCAACAUGGACAUCUGUGACAUCAUCAAUGAGACAGAGGAGGGGUGUGUAUCCUCUGACAUAAUGGACAAUUUUCUCCUUUGACAGUUUACUGUAUUGUGCUCUUGUUGUUUGAAGUUGAUUGUUUACCUACAAUGAUUACAGGCCUAGAGAUGCAUACAAAGCAAUAAAGAAGAGGAUUGUUGGAAACAAGAACUUCAGAGAGGUCAUGCUGGCAUUGACUGUACUGGAAGCGUGUGUGAAGAACUGUGGCCACAGGUUCCAUGUGCUAGUCUCAACCAGGGAGUUUGUUGAGGGGGUUCUUGUCAGGUCCAUCUUACCCAAGAACAAUCCCCCUCUGGUCCUGCAUGACAGAGUGCUCAGCCUUAUACAGGCAUGGGCAGACGCAUUCCGCAGCUCACCAGCUCUGACGGGCGUGGUCUAUGUGUACGAGGACCUGAGACGGAAAGGACUGGAGUUCCCCAUGACUGAACUAGACGGAUACUCCCCCAUUCACACUCCAAAUAGGACUGUGCCUGAUAACGGGCCUGUCACUGUAUCUGCUGCACCCUCAUCCCCCAGGCCUGUCCCCAUAUCACCACAGCUUCCUGCAUCCCAACAGAGCGAGCAGGGACCCCUCACCUUCACACCUUAUCAGGUUAAAAAGUUGAAGACCGACCUGGGAGUGGUUCGAGGUAACCUGACAGUGAUGUCAGAUAUGAUGUCUCAACUGGAUCCAGCAACAGCCAAGCAUUCAGACACAGAGCUGCUUCAGGAGUUGUAUGCAGCAUGUAAAGACAUGCAAGAUAAGAUAAUGGAGCUAGUCCCAAGACUCAGUGAGGAGAAACUGACCGAGGAGCUGCUGGUUGCCAAUGACGAAAUCAAUGCCACAUUCACUCGCUACCAGAGGUUUCAGAGACAAAGAGCUACACAGCAGAGCCCAACCUACGUCAACCUUAUUGACCUCAGCGCAGCAAUCAAGCCUGUUGUUACAGCUCCCACCCACAGCCAUCUCAGCCGAUCAACAGUGGACACAGUGUCUAGUCAGAUGACAGGACUCAGUAUGAGGGAAUUCGAUGAAUUUGCACAGAACAGGAGCAUCUCACAGACACAACUAAGACCGAGUGAGCGGAAUGAAGGUGAUGCCGACAGUCUGGCUCAAGCACAGAACACCAGAUUACAGAACACUGGAACGAUCCCUGUGAGUCAGACAUCUGUGAUGGAUGACAUUGAGAAGUGGCUGGAUGUGGACGAGGAGGACGACAUGGCUGAUUCAGAGGGUGUGACAAGUGAGGAGUUUGACAGGUUUCUGGCAGAAAGAGUGAGAGCAGCGGAGCGACUCCCGUCCCUGAAAGCUUUUUCUCGUGACGACAACAACCACUCAGAAAAAUAGGCCAAGCCGCAACCUGUCACAUAACCAAUGCCAUUUUCCCAAAUAGUGUGAGAGGACUGAACUGGCUGAAUGUAUGAUUGGCACAUACAGUGAGUAAAUGACUGGUGGGAACAACAACUCCUGACAAUAGGGUUGUGCUACUGACACUCAGGUACACUACAGAACUACUUUAUGUUCAACUCUCCUGGGUUAAGGUCUUCAUCUAGUACGUUUUAAUGUAUAUUUUUAUGUUAAGGCUAAAUUAACUUGGACCAAGUGUUUUUAACUUACACUAAGAGUGUUAUGAUAAGAACUUAAGUCGUCCAGUGCCACUAUAAAUAUGGAUAUCCAGUUGAGGAGGCUGGUGGGAGGAGCUAUAGGAGGAUUGGCUUAUUAUAAUGAAUGGAAUGUAGUCAAACAUGUGGUUUCCUUAUGUUUGGUAUGGUUCCAUUUAUUCCAUUCUAGACAUUAUAAUGAGCCUGUCCUCCUAUAGCUCCUCCCACCAGCCUCUGGUAUGGCUGCGGAUACAAACAUUUGCACAAUUAUUAAGUUUAGUUCCUGUUAUGUUUCUUAGAAGAGAAUGGAAUAUGCCCAAUAUUUUCAGAUGAACUUUGAAUGGUGUGCAUUCCAGAAAAUGCAGGCAUGAUACACAAUGUUAGUAGAUUGCCAUAAGGUAUAAUUAGGGGAAAUGUAUUAUGUGAUGCUCAUGAUGAAUCCCAUUUGUAAUACCGAACACUUUUGGGAAGAGCAAUACAAACCUAAUUGUUUCUGGAGUACUUGAAGUUUAUCAAAUGUUACACAAUGUCAGUCUAGAAGUUGUUCUCAACUGGCCUCCCUGGUUAAAUAAAGGUGAAAUAAAAUACGUUAACAUUAAACACAGAUGAAGUCUUAAAGAAUAAAAGUUUGCUUUUAUUCACUCUGGGAGAUGAGGAGCUCA